AGCGAGUACGAUACUCCACCGUUUAUCGCCUUUAAUCCGCAAGCCUGCAGGCGGCACACUUUCAAAGCUUGUUCCAACAAUAAUUAUGACAUUGUAAGGCGUAACUAUUUUGAGGAAAGAGGCAGUGGUCGAGGCUUUGCUGGAAAUCGUAGAGAGGACAAUUUCCGCGGUAGAUCGGGAAAUAUACGCCCUGGGGAUUGGCAAUGUAAAAGUUGUGGUGUAAAUAACUUCGCCUACCGGACUGAGUGCUUCGAAUGUGGUGAAAAAGUUCGCGACAGAGAAGUAGCUCCUGGGGAUUGGAUCUGUCCAAAGUGUGAUUUCUAUAAUUUCCAAAGUCGAUUGGCUUGUUUCAAAUGUCAUACACCAGCUCCCACCUUUGAGUCAACAGAACCAGUUGAAAAAACUUAA